AUGGAAACUCCUCUUAUUGGAAUAAAACUACUCAAGACCCUAAAACAUUGGAGGGAAGCAAAUACAUACUUCCAGCUCCACAGAACGUCCUUACCAAAUGUAUCCGACAUCAACAAUUUCACCACCUCAUUCCAAUCACUGAUCUACAAUUAUUUUGCAUUCAACUACGGCACUGUAAAGCCACAAGAUUUAUCGAAAACACAACACCCCAAUAAAACAGUCAAAAACACGAAGAAGGACCUAAAACAGUUAAAAUUACUUGGCCGCAACGACCACAGUUUCGACAUGAAAAUCAGCACAUUAAGCAAACAAAUAAAAACAAAACUGUUAUCAAUGAAAAAUGCAAAAGCUGAGAAACAUGUCGACAUAACAAAACAACCGAAAGUCAAAUUCUGGUCAACAUGCAAAAAAUUGUUCAACCCAUCAAACAGCUUAACCCCAUCAUUCAGCAUCGACGACUGCAAGAAAUAUUUUUACAACAUACUCCACGACCCAUUUCACAACAAGUUUCGCCUUCCGAACUGGGUUCCAACAUUGCAACGACCAACAAUUCCAUGCAACAUCGAUCCCCCAACAUACCACAAAAUAGCAACAGUCAUUAGAAAAUGCAAACUUAGACCAUCCCCCUGUCCGUUUCAUCAUAUCUCAAUAAUUGUCUUCAAAAAAUGCCCUAUGCUGCGCACAAUCCUUCACCAAUUAAUAGUCGAAUGCUGGAGGUCUGCUACAAUUCCAUCCUUGACACAAUCGAAUCCACUCUGCCGGGCAUCAAACUACCCAAGACGUCGACCCAAUAAUCCGAAGCAAACGUCUACUUUAAACUACAACAACAAUCACUUCCAUGCUAUGACAAUAUUGACAACUUCACUGCCACUCUAUGGAUGCGAAACGUGGUCAACUACUGGUGCUCAUUUGAAGAGGCUACACGCUACAGAUAAAUGGAGCUUGCGCAGGAUUCUUCGUCUGACCUACCGCGAUCACGUCACCAAUGUUGAGGUAAGGAGAUUAACACAGCAACCCUCCGUUUCCUCACUCCUGUUAAAACUUCUUUGGUCACAUAGCUUGUGUCAGCCCCAUGGAGGAUCAUUACCUGGAUUUAAAAGCUGUCAUAGACCGACCGCCACCGAACUGGACUCGACCGUGCGGCCGUCCAAGACAGUCAUGGAUCCACUCAGAAGAGAAAGACCUGCCUCUCAUCAAUUACGGUCCUUACUCCGCCUGGAGACUUGCUCCUUAUUGCUUGAAAUAGAGGCACCUUGUGAACACGGCAACGUCCCGUUAUGGGGCACGCCAAUAAUAAUAAUAAUAAUAAGUCGAUGA